AUGUCAUACCCUUCUCGAAACCCCAACGCGCCACACUACCCGCGCGGGCAGACGUACGAGUCCGACCCCGCCGCUUUCCACUCGACCUCGUACCCUUCUACCGGCGCCGCUGCGAACCCUGCGUAUUCUUCCGACCCGACCGCUCGCUACGGUCUACCACCCGGCGCAGGAGCAGGAGGAGGAGGAGGCGGGAUGAACCGCCGGCAGACGGUGCGAGGAGCGCAGCGCGGAACAGUCCGAGAAGCAGGCGCCAAUCCUCGACUCUCGGUGGCUCCCGGCCCUCAACGCGGUCUCACACGCGGCAAGACCCUCACUCGACCGGACCGCUUCGUCGCGCCCGCACCUUUGAUCGCCCCAGCGGGUCUGGGCAAAGCCGCGAAACAGGGCGGGAACGUCCAGACCAAGUUGGUGGAUGGCGUCCCGACUCUCGUCGCGAGCGAACCGUGGUGGAGUCCAUGGUCGCUCUUUGUCGAAGUCGUCACCUUCUGGGCGCCCCGGCCGCUCUUGAGGAGUUUCGGAAUGACGGACCCGGUCAAGCAGAGGGCGUGGAAGGAAAAGGUCGCGCUGUGCGAGAUCGCGGCGUUCUUGAUGGGCAUCAUUGGGUUCAUCACGAUCGGGCUGAACAGGACCCUGUGUCCGACGUCUGGCCCGAGGUCAGCCAGCAUGUUCCAGCGGCUAGGAUCCGUUCCAGGCUACGUCGGCGUCCAGGGCUGGAACAUGCAGGUUAGCAGCAAGUCGCCUUCAUCCCUCCUCGGCCCGGCCAACGACUUCGGCGGGACGGACGUGACGAGUCUCUUCGAUCGCUCGUCCGACAAGUUCCCCAACUGCAACGGCCUCAACGCGGCGUACGCCACCGUCAACCUCUGCACCUCGACGAGCGACGGGAACGCCUCCUCCUGCGCGCUCAAGGACCCGACGCCGACGUAUCUCUCUUCGCUCGGCUUGACGAACACGACGAAACAAGUCGGGUACGACUGGGCGCAGCUGCAGAACUUGACCAACUACCUCGUCAUCGACGGGAACGUCCUCAACCUCACGCCGUACAUGAACGCGCAUCCGAACCCCCUUCCGAACGACCUCGUCGACGAAGCGCUACGCGUCAGUCUCGCCAAGGCGACGAGCGGGAGCAAAGACGCGACGCGGAUCUUCUACACCUCGGACGAACUCAAGCGCUCGGUCAAGUGCCUCGCGUCGAGGUACUACGCCGGCCACAUCGACAAGAUCACCCCCGGCUGCUUCGUCUCCAACUUGUUCCUCUACGUCUCGCUCAUCCUCAUCAUGGGCAUCGUUCUCGCGCGGUUCUUCAUGGCACUCGUCUUCUCGUGGUACCUCGCCGAUCGGAUGGUCCGCAAACCGCGCAACCUCAAGCGCAGCGUCGUUUCGCCUGCCGUAUUGCCGGAGGGCGCGAACAUCGACGUGACGAACACGACGGGACAGGCGCCGUGGGUCGAGUCGCAUGUCAAGCGUCAGCAGACGAUGCGGCUCAAGAAGGGUGGCGGAAGGCGCGGAGGCGCGAGCGAGAAGGCUCUCCCGCUUUCGCCGAGCGAGAAGCCUCGAGGAGGUGCGCCGGAGGGGCGGAACGGAGGAACGGAUGUCGCCCUUCCCGUUGGACAGGACGGCAUGAUCAGCAUGGCUUCUAUCGGCGCCGAGCUCUUCUGCGUCUGCCUCGUCACCUGCUACUCGGAGGGCUACGACGGUAUCAAGACGACUCUCGACUCGAUCGCCGCGACCAACUAUUCCGACGCGCGCAAGUUGCUCUUCGUCGUUUGCGACGGAAUGAUCACCGGUUCGGGGGAGAAGAUGUCGACGCCGGAUAUUGUUGUCUCGAUGAUUGAGCGCGAUGCGAGGUUUGGGGACCCUCAGCCGAUGAGCUAUGUCGCGAUCGCGGACGGUGCCAAGGCGCACAACCAGGCUAUGGUCUACGCCGGUCACUACACCCAAGUCGCAGGCCACCGCACGCCCAUCAUCGUCGUCGUCAAAUGCGGCACGCCCGCCGAAGCCUCCGAAGCCAAGCCGGGCAACCGCGGCAAACGAGACUCGCAGAUGGUCUUGAUGAACUUCUUCGGUCGCGUCACGUACAACGAUCGGAUGAGCCCGCUCGAUUACGACUUGUUCCGAAAGACGCAGAGCUUGAUGGGCGUCACGCCGGAUUUCUUCGAGGUCUGCUUGAUGGUCGACGCCGACACGAUGUGCUACCCCGAGUCGCUCGGCUACCUCGUCCGCGUCAUGCAGAACGACAACAUGGUCAUGGGCGUCUGCGGCGAGACUCGCAUCGCCAACAAGCGCCAGUCGUGGGUCACCAUGAUCCAGGUCUUCGAAUACUUCAUCUCGCACCACCUCGCCAAAGCGUUCGAGUCGGUCUUCGGCGGUGUGACGUGCUUGCCCGGCUGUUUCUCGAUGUACCGCAUCAAGGCGCGCAAGCAGGACGACGGCGACUGGUUCCCCGUCCUGGUCUCGCCGACCAUCACAUCUGAGUACUCGCAGAGCGUUGUCACGACCCUCCACCAGAAGAACCUCCUCCUCCUCGGCGAGGACCGCUUCCUCACGACCAUCCUCCUCCGCACGUUCCCGAACCGCAAGAUGAUGUUCUGCCCGAAGGCGCGCUGCCGCACCGUCGUCCCCGACACGUUCAAGGUUCUCCUCUCUCAGCGUCGACGGUGGAUCAACUCGACGAUCCACAACCUCAUGGAGCUCGUCCUCGUCCGGAACCUGUGCGGCACGUUCUGCUUCUCAAUGCAGUUCAUUACGUUCAUCGACCUCAUCGGCACCGUCGUCCUGCCCAUCGCCAUCUGCCUCACCUACACACUCAUCAUCUCGUCCAUCAUCAACCCUCCCAACUCGUUCGGCGACGCCAUCCCGCUCGUCCUCCUCGUCGGCGUCCUCGGUCUUCCCGGAAUCCUCAUCCUCAUCUCGACGAUGAAAGUCGUCUACGUCGGAUGGAUGCUCAUCUACCUCCUCGCCCUCCCGAUCUGGAACUGCGUCCUCCCCCUCUACGCCUUCUCAAAGUUCGACGACUUUUCCUGGGGCGAGACGCGCAAGGUUGCUGGCGAGACCAAGGGCGGCGAUGAUCAUGGCGCAACGGGAGGCGUCUCUGCGGCGUCGUCAGUCCCACUUCGUCGAUGGGAAGAUUGGGAAAAGUCCCGGCUGCGCAAGAUCCGGCGCGAGGAGAAGCGGCGACGCGAGUUUGAGCGGCAGUUCGGCACGCGUGCGGUGCAUCCGCAUCACAGUAUCAGCACGUUUGCCGAGAGCGAGACGGCGUCAUCGUUUGGCGGGCCGGACGAGGAUCGGUGGGGUCAGCAGAUUGGAGCGUACAACGAGGACGCGACGAGCCUCGAGAACGUCCCGCCGCCGGUUGGGCUGUACUCGCUCGACGAGGUCGAGGACGACGACGACCAGACCCUCAACCAGCACGACCUGGUCAACGUCCUCGAGGUCGGAUGGGACGAUGCGUCGCCCGUUGGCUCACCCUUGCCUGGCGCGACGUACCCUCAUCACGGCAACGGGUCGGGCUACUCAACGCCGUCCGAGCAGACGCACCUCCAGCCUCGGCAGCAGGUGUACAGGCAGCCGCAGCACUACCAAGCGCCGACUCGAGGCUGGACCUUGACCGACACGCCUCUCUCCGCGCCGCCGAUGACCAAGACGGCCUCUUCCGCUUCGAACCUCCCUCUCAACGCAUCGAGCUCGUCACUCGCCUCGUCGGGCCGGUCAAGUCCGCGCGCCGACGACCCCUUCGCAGACGCCAACUCGCCCGGCGGCGUCCAGCCUCCUCCACUCAUCUCGCCCCUCUCGUUCACGCACGACCCGUCGUACACCUCGCUGGCGUCGUCGACUGCGACGGGCUUCAACACCUCGGUUUCGUCGGAACAGCAGCACGCACGGAGACGGAGUUUGACCAACUCGCCGCAGGCGACGAGGGGUGAUCCGUUGAUGGGCUCGGGCGCUGGGACGCCGAGUCCUACGAAGGACGGAAGGGGGUUUGACUGGCCUGCGGACCCGCGGAACGGAGGUGGAUCGUCAGGAAGGAGGUUGGUCUGA